CCGCCGAACCUGGCGAUGACUUUUUCCCUUGGCCAGCCGGCUCCUGGUGACCCUUCAGAGUUCGUUGGCAUAGCUUGGUCAGAGGGGGAAGAGUCGAAGCCCCUGCUGCCCCCUGCCUCCACGCCCCCUAACAAGUCAUUAAAUGGCACAGAGCCGAGUUGGAGCAGCCCACCGUCAGCCCGGACGGACGAGCAGGCCCUGCUCUCCUCCAUCCUUGCCAAAACCGCCAUCAACAUCAUUGAUGUUUCAGCUGCUGAUCAACAGCAGAUGGAGCAGCACGAGUACAUGGACCGAGCCAGGCAAUACAGCACCCGGCUGGCCAUGCUGAGCAAUGGCCUGAUGCACUGGAAGAAGCUCCCGCCGCUCCCCUCGCUGACCCACCAGCCGCACCAAGUCCUCGCCAGCGACCCCGUGCCCUUCGCCGACUUGCAGCAGGUCUCCCGGAUAGCUGCGUACGCCUACAGUGCCCUCUCCCAGAUCCGAGUGGAUGCGAAAGAAGAACUGGUUGUACAGUUUGGGAUCCCCUGAUGCCAGUCUCCGCUCACCAGUUUUUUGUUCGGUUUUUUUUUGUUAUUGUUGUUUCUUUUUGGGUUCUUCCCUUCACUUUUAUUUCUUUCCUCUCCACAAAACGGCUUAAUCACUGCAGCGGAACUUGUGCAGACCAGAGUCACCGAAGAUCCUCCUCCUUGCCACAAAGACAGUAACUUGCGGGUGGCUGGCUGCCGCUUGAGGCCGCUCCUGCCGAGGCAUUCUCUGUUUUGCUCUCUGUUCUGUGGGGGGCGGGUGUGCCUGUGCGCCACCUCGCGCAACCCCAGGGCCGGAGGGGUGGGCGCUGGGGCACGGAUGGCGCUGUCUUCGCUCGGCUCCAGAGGAGGGCGGCCUUUGCAUCGGGGCUGAUCAUGGUGGGAGGGGAAGCCGGUGUGCCACAUGGUGGGAAGAAGAGGGUGCAGCUGUAGCAGCAGCUCCGAAAUCCUCACUCUCUUGCCUGGUGAGAGAGGGGUGGCCGGGAGACAGCUGGCCAUGGGGGGCGAACGGGACUGCCUGUCACUUCCCACUCUGUUGACCUGAACUGUUCUCCUCUGCUGCCCCCCACCUUUAUGAUUUUGUAGGAGGGGGUGAGGGGAAACGGGCCCCUUUUUUUCAACAGGCAAGCCACAGAGCAACUGAAAGGCGCUUGAUGGCCCCGGCUCUUCCCCGCGUCCGCACCCCCCUUUUGGUGUGUCAACCCUCCACCUCUUUUAAUUAGCUCAACUGUCAUUUUGUUUUAAUCUUUGUUUUGUUUUGGCUAAAUUAGAUAAAGUUUAAGUACAUUCAUCCA